UCCUCCCCAUAACUAUACACACACCGAUCUCAUCUACCCCGACCAACUGCUAGGAUUACUGGUUGCCGACCACGUUCUCCCGAUCGGUGCACACACCGGGGAACUGAAAACUCCGCCGACACCCCGCCAUAGAUACACAAUCUGCAACCCCAUAGGCUGAGAGUGAGACAGAGCCCGGAGGGGGGAGUGUGGGGGAGGGAGAGCGGACGGAUUCACUGAUGGAAAUCAUUGCUGCUGAGCGCUGAGCCUGGAGACACAGAGAGGACGCCGAGCACCUACCGCCACCAUGGACCGUUUUUAUUGGCAGAGAAGAAUGAGCGCUCGGUGACAUGCUGUUUUUCUGGUAGAGGUUAUGACAACAAGAAACAUCAUGGUUUUAACGUAUUGGACUUCGAUAAAUAUCUUUUUGACAUGUUUACGCUUGAGCCUCCAGGAGACGACACCAACUGGAAUCCUCCCGUGGUUUACUGAGGAGUUUUUUGUACCACAGCCUGCCUCGUCCAGCAGCCAUUUGCCAGAAGCAGAGGAUGUUUCUACUCAGACGCCAGCAUGGCUUCUGGAUAAUGAGGUACAAGUUUUGGAUCAAAGUCAAACUGAAAGGAAUCUAUCAUCUGAUCUAGAUCAUGAGCAGUCCAUUUUAGGAUCAGAGCAGCUACACACUGAUAUUUCAUUACAGAACAAGACUUGGAUAGAGAAUGAAACCGUCCAGUCAAUCACUCCGACUUCCAAUCUAACAGACGAGCAUCUGACAGAGGUGGCAAUUGAAGAACCUCCAACUGUGCCACUUGUCAUUGACUCUCAAUUAUCAACAUCUCACUGGCCUGAAAUCUCUUCUGCGUUCUCUACAUCAGACUUUUCUACGGCCGUUAUCUUUCCCCUUGAUCCUAUUUAUGAGCCAGAAUCCGGCUUGGAUGAAAGUUCCCACUAUCUACUGAAAGAAUCGGACGUUCUGUCCACAAUAGCUUUAAGCAGCUCCUCUUAUCCAGAUGUCGUAUCUGAUGUCUCUUUACCGCCAUAUAUCUGGGACAUAUCAGAAAAAACGGAUCUCCAUCUGCAGACAUCUGAAGAGGAGAAGACCACAGAAAUGCAACGUUUUGUGACACACAAAAAGGAUGACGGGGAUGAAUUUCCGGCCACUGAAGAUGCCCCGCUUGUUACCUCUGAGAUACUUCCUAGAAAAAUCAUUGAAGAUUCCACAAUACAACACAGAAAAGAGACAGAUGAAGAAGAAGAAAUGUUCGGUUUAGACGUGGCUGAGAACAUCACAGAUUUGAGCUUGAUUUCACUUGGCCCAACAUCGCCAGCAGACACUUCUUCCUGGGACUGUUACCCUUCUGGUUCUGAAAAAUGUGAUUUUGGCAUGACCCAGAGACCAAGCCCUAGUGAACCGGACCCUACUCUCCAUGGAUACUUGCUUCUUUCUUCACCUCCAUUUUUUAUUUCCUUGCAUGCUGAUUGGAAUACAUCUGUGACUGACUGGGGCAUUGCUUGGGAAGCCUUGGUAUAUGGGUCUGUUGGACUCUACGGGACAGUGGCACUGCUUGCUCUGCUCUCCAUCAUUUGUCUUGUGUUUAGAUGUCCAUCUGGUGGCUUUUAUUUUGCAGUGUUACACCUAUUGUUGCUCUCCUUGGGCAGCAGCCGUGCAUUUUCUCUCUUUUAUGAUGCUUAUGGCCACCAACAUCGUCUUCCAGCGUUCACUGCCUUGCUUUUACAUGAACUGGCCUUUCCCUGCAUGACAUCAAGUUUCAGUAUAGUUUUCUUGUUGCUGUGUUCAAGGUGUCGCCUCCAACACUCCUCACCAGUCUUUCCACGACUCUGUAUUUUUGCCUCGGCAGCUUUUCUCCAUUUUAUCACUGCUGGAGGAGCAGUUGUAGUUGUUGAUGUGUUUCAGCAAUACCACUUUCUUUUUUUGGUUUCUCGAGGAGUCUAUGUAGUCUUAACAGUAGUACUGUCCUUAUCUUUCUUUAUUUUUUGUUGCGUUGCGAGAACCCAGAACACCCAAAUCUAUGACCUCAAGAGUUCUGCACCUCCUGCAGAGUAUUCUAGUGGAUGUCCUUUCGCAAAUUUGAAAGACUGGAGCCGAGCAACUUAUAUUGUCCUCUUAUCUGCCUGUUUUGGUAUUUUGAAUGCUGGUCUUCAGCUGUACGCAAUGCUUUAUGCCAUGGGUUAUGGUGGAGGUAUUGUUUUCGGCCCUUGGCCUUGGUGGGCAUUUCAGUUAAGCUCAAGUCUCUGUGAAGUGGGCAUCUGUUUACCCCUUGCGCUUAUAGGUGGAUACCCAAUUUUUUGUGCCAAUGAAAUGGGGAGGACAAAUUGUUGGACACAGCUAUUUCAUCUUUCCCCUGGCCAUGUGGCAAUGAAGGCACCUAUGUUACAAAACUCUAAAUGGGCAUCUUCCCAACAUGAAAAAUUGCUAAUAUGUGACACCAUUGUUAGGAGCGAGUCUGAAUUCUUUCCACUCUACACACUGGUUGAGAAACGCCUAAGUAACGGAGAAGACCUGAGCUUAUUAUACCACAGCAACAAAAGCCUUGAGGUUCAAGAUUUAAGCAUUCAUGGUUCCAAAACCCCUUCAUUUAUCAGUAUACAAGUAGACAGUGACUCUACUGUCGAUUUUCGGCCUCCAUCUCCAAUAGAUCUACGACGCAGCAUUGAUGAAGCACUCUUCAGCGAGUCUCUGAUACCCAAAAGUCUCUUCCAUGGUACUGCACUGGCUAGUAGCUUGUCUCUCACUGUCAGAAGUGCCACACAAAUGGAAGACUGUGUAUUUAAAGAGAAGGCCUCUGACAGGGGUCUCUAUCGAACUUCGUCCUGUGUGGAAAUAGAGACAGGUCUGCCUAUUAUUCAGGCCAUUCCCACUGCCACCAGACCUGAUACUCCAACUUCAUCUUCACCAGGCGUAUGGAGGGGAGAGCAGAGCACUGCUAGUUCUCUUUGUAAAAUGUCAAUGGAUGGAUCAUCUUUAGGGCUCUGUUCCAGUCCAGAAGCUGCUGUGGCCUCCACUUCUUGCUAUAAAGAAAAGCAAGAAACAGGCUGGCAGUCAAAAGCCGAAUAUCAUACACUGUCUCCCCCUUCACAGGAGUCACUGGAAGCUUCUUCUCAUCGUGGAAGUUCUUUGAGAGAUGACUUAAUAGACGUUUUUGGACCAAUAGAUGCUUUGAGCGUUUGCAGUGAAACUAUUGAUUUGUAAAUCAAAUUUUAAAGUUUAUUAUUAUUAUUAGAGAUGAGAGCUACAAAAAUGAGACUUUAAAGCGCCCCAUGGGUACUUGCUGGGACUCUCACAUAUGAAGCACAUAUAUUGAGCAGAUGUGGUUAUCAUUGAAUUAAAAUACAGAGUAUUAUUGAUGCUAGUUAUUAAACAUGAAAAUGUACUUAGAUUGAACCCUGCAUAUUUUAUAUAUAUAUUCUAUCAUUAAAGUCUACCAUCUUUCCUUUAAAA